UCCGUCCCGAACGACGACUAUCUCUCGCUCAUUUCUUGAUCUCUGACUCUGUUCUCUCUCAUGGCGGAGAUUGAGCUCAAAACAGCGCCUGCUGAUUUUCGCUUUCCUACAACCAAUCAAACCAGACAUUGUUUCACUCGCUAUGUUGAGUUUCAUAGGUGUGUGGCAGCAAAGGGUGAAGGCUCAGGUGAUUGUGAAAGAUUUGCCAAAUAUUAUCGUUCCCUUUGCCCCAGUGAAUGGGUGAAAGUUCUAGAGGUGCAUCGUCAGGGAAGAAUCCAAAGGCCUAAGCUUUUACAGUUUCUUGUAUUGCUUCUGCUUCUUUUUGUUUUCGUUGAUGAGCCGCCUUGUUCGGUUCACAGCUUUCGACGGCUCCAACAAUCGUCUCUCCGGUCCAACUCCGGCGUCGUUAGCCAACGGCAGCGGCAACUUGCCAAGAUUUAA